AACGUGGUGGGCUGCUGCAACUUUGACUCAGACUCCCAUCCACCUCUCUCUCUCUCCAACUCUUUUACUUUUCCCCGGAGCUCCAAUUCAAAGUCGUCUCUUCUCUCUCUCUCUCUCUCUCUCUCUCUCUCUCUCUCUCUCUCAGUGCAUGCUUUCCGAAAUCGGCAAUUCAAUCAAUCCGGUACAGAAUAAAGCAAACAGCGGCAGCCGAAUUUUCUAGAAUCCGGUCAACGCCGCCGGGGGAAUUUGAUCGGUCAACGCCCCCGUCCCCCCUCCAAUUAGGGAUUCGUUUAUGAGGAGGAGGAGGACUCUCUGAGCUCUCUCUCUCUCUCUCUCUCUCUCUCUCUCUCGCGAUGUUCUCCGCGACCAAGGCCUCGCUGAUUCUUCUACUCUUCGGCUUUCUUCAACUACUCGUUAAGGUCUCCGCCAACGUCGAAGGUGACGCAUUGAAUGCCUUGAAGAGCAGUUUGGCUGAUCCUAACAAUGUUCUCCAGAGUUGGGAUCCUACUCUGGUCAAUCCCUGCACAUGGUUCCAUGUCACUUGCAAUUCCGAAAACAGCGUCACCAGAGUUGAUCUUGGCAAUGCUAAUCUCUCCGGUAACCUGGUGACGCAGCUCGGCGUGCUUACCAAUUUACAGUACUUGGAACUUUAUAGUAAUAACAUAACCGGUAAUAUUCCAGUCGAGCUUGGCAGUUUGAACAACCUGGUGAGCUUGGAUCUUUACUUGAACAAUUUAGAUGGCGAAAUUCCAUCGACACUUGGCAACCUAGAAAAGCUGCGUUUCCUGCGUCUCAACAACAAUACCUUGACGGGGAAAAUUCCCGUUACGCUGACUAAUAUUGGAUCAUUGCAAGUCCUGGAUCUUUCAAACAACAAUCUUACUGGAGAUAUUCCGGUCAAUGGUUCUUUUUCACUCUUUACUCCCAUCAGUUUUGCCAAUAAUCCUAAACUGAACCCUCUUCCAGUCACUCCAACUCCUCCUGUUUCUCCAAGCCCAAGUCCUAUUUCAGGUAACAGCCGUACCGGGGCUAUUGCUGGAGGGGUUGCUGCUGGUGCUGCUUUGCUAUUUGCUGCCCCUGCAAUUGCACUUGCUUGGUGGCGACGAAGAAAACCACAGGAUCAUUUCUUUGAUGUACCUGCUGAGGAGGAUCCGGAAGUUCAUUUAGGACAGCUCAAAAGGUUUUCUUUACGUGAGCUACAAGUUGCAACAGAUACCUUUAGCAAUAGACAUAUUCUAGGUAGAGGUGGAUUUGGUAAGGUUUAUAAAGGGCGUUUAGCUGAUGGUUCUCUGGUGGCUGUAAAAAGACUUAAAGAGGAGAGAACCCAAGGUGGGGAGCUACAGUUCCAAACAGAAGUAGAAAUGAUUAGCAUGGCUGUGCAUCGAAAUCUGCUUCGUCUGCGUGGUUUUUGCAUGACACCAACAGAAAGGCUGCUCGUAUAUCCAUAUAUGUCUAAUGGAAGUGUAGCAUCAUGUUUAAGAGAGCGUCCGGAAUCACAACCUCCACUUGAUUGGCAAAAGAGGAAACGCAUUGCAUUGGGAUCUGCAAGGGGCCUUGCUUAUUUGCAUGAUCACUGUGAUCCGAAAAUUAUUCACCGUGAUGUAAAAGCUGCAAACAUUUUGUUGGAUGAGGAAUAUGAAGCAGUUGUUGGAGAUUUUGGGUUAGCUAAACUCAUGGAUUACAAGGAUACACACGUCACCACAGCCGUACGUGGUACGAUUGGACAUAUAGCACCAGAGUAUCUCUCAACUGGAAAGUCUUCAGAGAAAACUGACGUUUUUGGAUAUGGAGUCAUGCUUCUUGAACUAAUAACUGGACAGAGGGCUUUUGAUCUUGCUCGGCUUGCGAAUGAUGAUGAUGUCAUGUUACUUGAUUGGGUAAAAGGUCUGUUGAAAGAUCGAAGGUUGGAAGCACUUGUCGAUGCUGAUUUACAGGGUGAAUAUAUUGACGAGGAGGUAGAGCAGCUGAUCCAAGUUGCUCUACUCUGCACGUCAGGCUCCCCUGGAGAAAGGCCCAAAAUGUCAGAGGUUGUUAGAAUGCUUGAAGGUGAUGGUUUAGCUGAAAGAUGGGAGGAAUGGCAGAAAGAGGAGAUGUUUCGUCAAGACUAUAACCCUGUUCACCAUCCAAGUACUAAUUGGAUCAUCGACUCAACUUCUCAUAUUCCCCCCGACGAGUUGUCAGGUCCCCGAUGAUACUGUCUUGCGUUACGCUCUGUAUACAGUGUAAGAGGUAAUUGGGAAUUAAGAAGCCCCAUUUUGUAUUUCAGUGAUACCACAUUUGUGUAUAUUACUAUCUUUUCUUCUCUUUUAUUUGCUUUUGUUUUCCAAUUUUAUUGCCUCUAGUUUCCUGUUUAUAUCAAACAAUGGAGCUAGUGCUACUGUAAUUGUUAAUAGGGUGUUAACUGGCAUCAUAAAAUUCUGGUGCUAGCAACACGGCAGGAUCUAGGAAAGGCCAUGAAAAAAGCACCAUUGUUGUCAUAUUUAUGUUUCCUGAAAAUUAGUCGAGAUUGUCUCUAUAAAUAAAUUAUUAUUUCCGUGGUCGCAGCACAAUUGUGCCGUGGUCGCAGCACAAUUGUGUUGCAAGUAAAUUUGAGGCGCGCCAUUCCCAUAUUACUCAA